GUAUCGCCGCAGAGUUUUGCAGGGUACGGCAAGAGAUUGUUUCUUAUAAAGCGCCAGCCACGUUCGCGCGAGAAGCAUUUGACUGGCCAAGGGAAGCAAUAUACUUUAUCUAACAGAUCGACAUCUUAUUGAAUGUAAUCGAACUGCUUCGAAAAAUAGCAGUCAGAGACGGGUUUUAUCAUGGUGCAAUGUGAACCAUCUACGGAAAGUAAAUGUAGAACAAAAAGUUAUGAAUUUUCGAGCUGCUACCGUCGCUGUCUUUCUCACGUUGACUUUCUCUAUAGCGGCUGCUCAGUGGCGCCUACGGUGCUACAGAAAGCCGAGGGCCGGUUACUGCUACGGGAGGCUUCUCAGGUGGUUCUACGACCACAAAACGAGGCAAUGCAGGAUGUUCACAUACAGUGGAUGCUUCGGAAACUACAAUAGGUUUUCAACCGAACAAGAAUGCCUGCAAGUUUGCUCGUCAAGACGACGUUCCCAUCCAGUCUGCGGCAUGGGUCCCGAAAUGGGAAUGUGCAAAUCCUCCGUUCCGAUGUGGUAUUUCGACGCCGGCAUGGGCGUCUGUCGCGGAUUCGUCUACAGCGGUUGCGGAGGAAACAGCAACAAGUUCUCAACCUGCGAGGAAUGUAUGAACAGAUGCAGUGGCGAUUACCACGCCCGAGGAAUAUGCAAGUUCCUUGCACAAAGAUUCAGCAAGCAGUUCUACAAGAGGGAGGCCACCAAAUCACGCGAGAGUGUACGGUCGUCUGAGAGCGAGGGAAGCCUGAGUUAUCCCAUCCUAACUACAGAGGAACCACGAGAAAAAGGCAUGGGAGUUUAUGCUUCUCCAGGUAGACCUCCUCGGCCGGCUCGGAUUCAAGACUCAGCGAAUAAAUCAAUGUAUCUACAUGUUUUAACAAAAAGCAGCAGGUAGUCAGCAUGGUGCUUCUCACUUAUCAAAAUAAAAUUCUUCCCCGACAAAUAAAAAUUGUUCUUCCAUCGUCAA